AUGCCUUCUCUUGACGAUCUCCGUUUCGAAGAGUUUGAUCCCAAGUACUUCCCUGAAGUCAAGCACAUUCCUGGACCUUCUCCUUAUGCCCACACUCCCACUGAGGGUCCUUCAUACAUUAAGCCCGAAGAUAGAAAAGCACCCUUGGUUGCCUCUGGAGUUUGGGAAAAGGAAUACGGCAAGUACUCGAAAGAUAUCACCCCUCUUCUCGGUGUUGUUUAUCCUGAGGAUAUCCAAGUUGCAGACUUUGUUGAUGUUUUAAAGAACCCUGAAGCCUCUGAGGAGGAUAAGGAGCGCGUGCGCAACAUUAUUCGGGACAUUGCCAUUCAGAUUUCUCGCAAGGGUGUUGUGGUCUUCCGAAACCAGCACAAACUGACUGUUCAAAAGCAGAAGGAUUUUACUAAUAACCUGGGUAUUUUGACUGGCCGCCCUGAACAAAACGGUCUGCAUAUCCACCCUCGCGCUCCCUCUGGUGGGCUUAUUGGUGAAGACGGUUUAAUUGAUCCCAAAGUCUUUUACGUUUCUUCAACAGUUGAUCGCCGCCAGCACGAGUUGUACAAGUCCAGACCUCUAUUUGCUUCCUAUGGUUGGCACUCUGAUAUUACUUUCGAGCCUGUUCCUGCAGAUUACUCUGCUCUGAAGAUUGUCGAACAACCCGAGGAAGGUUCCGGUGGUGCUACCUUGUUUGCUAACGGUUAUGCACUUUACGAACGCUUUUCCAAGCCAUACCAAGAGUUCUUGGAAGGCCUUACUGGCAGAUACUCACAGCCUGUUUUUAGCGGUCUUGCUAAGAGCAACAACUUCCAGCUUUACAGCGAGCCUCGUGGUGCCCCAGAAAACGUUGGUGAUAGCCUUGAAAGCACACACCCAAUUGUGCGAACUAACCCAGUCACUGGCUGGAAAAGUAUCUAUGCUGUGGGCAACCAUUUCCAACAGAUCAAUGAGCUGACGCCUAUUGAGAGUCAACGAGUAAAGGAUUUCAUCAAUGACACACUGGUGAACUCUCACGACUUGCAGGUGCGUAUUGAUUGGGUAGGCACCAAUGAUAUUGCCUUCUUUGACAACCGUUCGACAUAUCAUACAGCCACAUUUGAUUAUCUGGGGACCAGAAGGGGUAUCCGGACCAUUAGUGUUGGUGAGCGUCCUUAUUUUGAUAAGAACAGUGGUGUUCAGAGUGAUGCUAUUUACAAGGAGAUUGAGGAGAAGAUUGGAAAAAUUGAUUUGAGAAAGUAA